AUGACCAGGUUAGAACACCCCAAUGCUGGGUCAGAUCAACCUCCUGCUGCCCACAUCUUCCCCGUGGUGCUGGACCUACUACAAACUCCAGACCUCCAAUUGCAACCAAACCUCAAGCAGUCAGCCUUUCCCUCGCCUCUUGCCCUAGAUGUGUUCCAAGCUUUCCCUGCUGCCCUCGACCCCCUUGAAGACCCAUGGAAGCAGAGCACUGUAGCCUCCUGCGAGCUGCACCACGCACCCUGCACACCCCCACUCCCUCCAGCCUGGGGACCGUGGCCUCCGAUGAGUUGGGUUGGUAGUUAUACGGGAUUGGGGCAGGCAAACCGCAUCUUGGCCACGGAUGGGGAGGUACCAGCACAGGAGGCCCCCUCUGAAGCUGGCCUUUCUUCCUCUGAUGUGCGCCGGCCUGUGCCAGUCCUGGGAGGAUGCGGGAGGGGGCCCAGGCUAGGCAUCAAAAAGGCCCUGCAGAGUGAGCAGGCCACAGCAGCUGCCCGCCUUUGUGCCCAGCAGUCGGUCAGACAACCCUCGCUUGCAUCCUCCUGCGUACUCCAGGCCAGGUGCCCAGCCACGCUGCUCAGAGAGACCUCCUGCUUGACUGCACCGACACUGGUGUGUGGCUUUCUUUACGUGGCUUGCGUUGCUGCUGCAAUUCCUGACGAGAGCACAGGGAUGGCUGAGAGUGGAGCCAGGAGCCCAGAGGGCCGUCGGCAGCACGCCUUCGUCCCCAAACCUUUUGAUGGAGCCAGUGUAGCCCCGGACCUCUGGCUGUUCCGCUUUGAGGUCAUCAAUGACCUCAACCACUGGGACCAUGUCACCAAGCUAAGGUUCCUGAAAGAGUCCCUCAAGGGAGAUGCCCUGGAUGUCUACAGCAGACUCAGCCCCAGUGACCAGGGAGACUAUGCGGCUGUGAAAGAGACCCUCCUGAAGGCCUUCGGGGAGCCUGGGGCCACCCCCAGCUACCUGCCCAAGGAGAUUGUCUUUGCCAACAGCAUGGGUAAGGGCUACUAUCUAAAGGGGAAAAUUGGCAAAGUGCCCGUAAGGUUCCUGGUGGAUUCCGGGGCUCAGGUCUCUGUGGUCCACCCGAGCUUGUGGGAGGAGGUCACUGACGGCGACACGGACACCCUGCGGCCCUUUGAGAAUGUGGUCAAAGUGGCCAACGGGGCAGAAAUGAAGAUCAUGGGUAUCUGGGAUACACUGGUGACCCUGGGCAAGCUGAAGCUGAAGGCAGAGUUCCUGGUGGCCAACGCCAGUGCUGAAGAAGCCAUCAUCGGGACCGACAUGCUCCAGGACCACAACGCCGUGCUGGACUUCGAGCAUCGCACAUGCACCCUGAAAGGGAAGAAGUUCCGCCUUCUGCCUGUUGGAGGAGCCCUGGAAGAUGAGUUCGACCUGGAGCUCCUAGAGGAGGAGCCCUGCAUGGAGGGGCGUGGCCAGCAGCUCUCCUAUUGAGAAGACCCACUGUAGUGGAGGGAACAGUGCAGAUCCUCAGGGGAGUCACUGGGCUUGGCCAACCUUCUAAAACUGGCUUCCUCCUCCUCCCUCUGCAGGGGUCUUAUUCUGCCACUGGUGGGGGAGGCUUCCCUUUGAGAAGGCAGAGGUGUGCAACAGCACAGGCUGGCUUCCUUAGAGGGAGAGAGGGUCCCCGUGGUUGUCAGGCCGCUCUUGGUGGCAGACUCAAAGGCUGGAAGGCGGCCGGAAGAGGCUAGAAAUGAUUGUCUUUGAGAGAGGACUGGGGGAUUCCCUCGGCAACCCUGGGAGGCGGCUCGGUCAUCUUCAGGUCCACGCGGCUGUCUCAGCUGGGCUGGAUCCUGCCUACAGGGCCCUUGCCAGCAAGACCCAGCUGCCAGGGGUGAGGGUCACUGCUGCCCAGGGUUCUUCUCUGCUAGGUCUUCCCCCUGCACCAUGUAUGUUUCCUUCCAUAAUGUGUUUUGAAAAGCAUUGAGCCUUGUGCCAAUAAUUCAUUACUUCAAAAACCAAUAAAGAUUGACUCACAGAAAA